CACCCCCAAUUCAUCUAUCCGUUAACCCUAACUUCAACGGAAACCUCUCUUCGUCUCCUUCUCUCUCUCUCUCUCCUUCUCGGUCUCGGAGACCCUCUCUGUCUCUCUCUCUCUUGCCCUGCAACUCUGCCCGUCCAAUCCAUCAAAGAGGAAGAGAUCAAGUGAGUGCAAAAGAAGGAGAAAUCGGAAAUUAUCUAAGAGAGAGUAAAAUGGGGAAGCUUCUCUGCGAUACGACGGCGAUUGCCGAAACUUUCCAAGCUUCACCACCGCUCCUCCCUUGGAAAGAUCCGACCUCUACAGCUUCUUUUGACAACUCGAAAGAUUCUGAACUCUUGGAAAAAAACUCUUGGGACACCGUUAGCGGUUUAGAGGAUCAGCAAAUGCGCUAUUUGCAAAGGCUUCAUGCCAAGGGAGUUCUUUGGAAACAACCAGAGACAGAUUCUUCCCCUGAAAGAUCCAUUAUCUUUCGCCUAUCGCAUGGAGGAGAUGUUGAAGCCGACGGAAACUGCCUUUUCACGGCAUCUCAGAAGGCCAUGGGAUCCGCCAUCGAUGCUAGAGAGCUCAGGCGUAGGACUGUCUCGAGGUUUCUAGAAGAUCUUGGAUCUGACGGCGGUUUGGAAAGAGAUUCCAUCGAUGCCGCCAUUAAGCAUCUUUAUUCUCCCGAUUUGAAAGCUGGUUGGGGGAUUCAUGUUGUUCAGGAGGUCAAAUUGUUGGCCAAGAAGGAAGAUCGUGUGGGUCUUGACGUGGCGAUCAACGAGCUGGUCGAUCUUGGGAUGCAGAGGGAAAUGGCUGCGGAGUCUAUAUAUAAAGAGAGAUGCAUUGCUGUCGACGAUGCCCUGAGUUGGGCCAAAUACAUGUCCAUCUCUGGUAGUCCUGAUGAUGAAUUUGAUAUCGUCACUUUGCAAUAUACUGAGGAGGGGUUGUUAACUGUAGAUGAGAAUAGAGAAGGACGUGCUGCUGCUUUUGGAGAUGAUAUUGCGAUAGAGAGUUUGGCAACUGAAUUCAAGAGGGAGGUUUAUGUGGUUCAAGCCCAUGGAUCAGAUGGAAUGGUUGAUGGAGAAAAUUGUGUUUUCUUCCUUCCACAUUGUCCGAGGGGUCAAAUCUGUGAGCCUCCAUUUUUUCUUUUCAUGAAAGGGACAGGUUGGUGUGGUGCAGGAGCUGAUCACUAUGAGCCCCUGGUAGCCCAUCCAUCGCUAUGUGUUUCCCAGGAGAAAGCUGCUGUUGUACUUUGAGGAGCAAUUCUUCUUGAAGUUUUGUUGGUUAAGGUUAUAUAGAGCUACAAUUUUCUUUAUCAUUUUUGUUUCUGAUGCUCUAUUUUCAGUUGCCCACCCCACCCCCCCCCCCCCCCCCAAAAAAAAAAAAAAAAAAAAAAAAACCCAGCGAGAAUAUUUUGCCUGCAAAUGAGUCUUCAAUCUGUUCAUCAUUCUUUCCUCAGAUGCAAGGGAGUUUCCGUGGCACUCGUUGCCAUUCUUAACAAUAUCUAGUUUUUGUGCAUCAUUGACUGUAACUGCAGGUCUAUUUUCCUGCCUUGAGACCCCAUGUGUUAGUACAUUUGUAGUAGUUAUACCGGCCUUAUGUUGUUCGUGGACUUUCUUGAGGUUUUAGAGCUGAUCUCAUAUCUGUUCCCUAUUUUUGGAGCAUUCUGGAUUGCCCCUGUUGUUUUCAGGGAAUGUAUUUCACUUGAUUUUAAUUCUAUUAAAUGAGAAGUGCAUUUUUCUAUAUGCUAA